AUGGCUUCCGAGGGGAUUGAAAACCCACCAGACUCGCAAAUCGAGUCUAACUGGGAUCAAACCACCGAGUCCUUCGAUGAUAUGGAGUUGAAGCCUGAGCUUCUCCGAGGUAUCUACGCUUAUGGUUUCGAGCGCCCAUCCGCUAUCCAGCAGCGUGCUAUCUUGCCAGUCGUCAAGGGUCACGAUGUCAUUGCCCAGGCUCAGUCUGGUACCGGCAAGACUGCUACUUUCUCGAUCUCCUGCUUGCAGAAGAUUGACCCUGAAAUCAAGCAGACCCAGGCUCUCAUCUUGGCUCCUACCCGUGAAUUGGCCCAACAGAUCCAAAAGGUCGUUGUCGCUCUCGGUGAUUUUAUGAACAUCACCUCUUAUGCCUGUAUUGGAGGUACCGCCGUUCGUGAUGACAUGAAGAACUUGAAUGAAGGACAACAGAUCGUCGUCGGAACUCCUGGUCGUGUUCAUGACAUGAUCCAGCGCAGGGCUCUGAAGACUGACUGCAUGAAGAUGUUCAUUCUCGACGAAGCCGACGAGAUGUUGUCGCGCGGUUUCACCGAGCAGAUCUACGACAUCUUCCAGUUGCUUCCACAGUCUACUCAAGUCGUUCUCCUCUCUGCUACCAUGCCACAAGACGUCUUGGAGGUUACCACCAAGUUCAUGCGUGACCCUGUCCGCAUCUUGGUCAAGAAGGAUGAGCUUACUCUUGAAGGUAUCAAGCAAUUCUACAUUGCCGUUGAGAAGGAGGACUGGAAGCUCGACACCCUCUCUGACUUGUACGAGACUGUCACUAUCACCCAGGCCGUCAUCUUCUGCAACACCCGCAAGAAGGUCGACUGGCUCACCGACCAGCUCACCAAGCGUGAUUUCACCGUCUCCGCCAUGCACGGAGAUAUGGAGCAGGGUCAGCGUGAGCUUAUCAUGAAGGAGUUCCGAUCUGGUUCUUCCCGUGUUUUGAUCACCACUGAUCUUUUGGCCCGUGGUAUUGAUGUCCAGCAAGUCUCCUUGGUCAUCAACUACGAUCUCCCAGCCAAUCGUGAGAAUUAUAUCCAUCGUAUUGGUCGUGGUGGUCGUUUCGGUCGUAAGGGAGUUGCCAUCAACUUCGUUACCGCUGAUGAUGUCCGCAUGAUGCGUGAUAUCGAGACUUUCUACUCCACCCAGAUCGAAGAAAUGCCAAUGAACGUCGCUGAUCUUAUCUAA